AUGCGUAUUUUGCACCCUCGGACGCGCCAGAGAAACCAGCCACAUCCGUAUCUCAGCGGCAACUUUGCUCCUGUGCGCCAGACCCAACCAUUGACGCCUUGCAAAUAUUCAGGCACAAUCCCCGAAGAGCUUCACGGGGGCGAGUAUGUGCGCAACGGCGGCAACCCUGUGCUGAAUGAGGACCUUGGCCGAGAUGCCCAUUGGUUUGACGGCGACGGAAUGCUAAGUGGUGUGGCAUUCACAAGGACCGCGGACGGAGUGCGGCCCGAGUUCGUCAAUCAAUAUGUUCUUACUGACGUUUUUCUCUUUGGCAUCUCCUGCAACUACCUUCAGACGCCUGUUCUACCUAGUAUAGCUACCCUCGUCGAUCCUCUUUCAUCAUUCUACAACAUUGUCCUCCUCGUUUUGCGAACCAUAUUACUCGUACUACUAUCUCGGCUACAAGGUUCAAUACAAGCCAUCAAGAAAAUUAGCGUCGCAAAUACUGGCAUAAUAUUUCAUGAUGGACGCGCACUUGCCACUUGCGAAUCAGGACCCCCCAUGCGCGUCGCCCUUCCCGGGCUUGAGACGAUUGGCUGGUACAACGGAAAGAAAGCUGAAGGGGAGCUUGGGGGCGAAGAUGGCCCCGGAUUUGGAGGUAAAGGUCUGCUAGGAUUCAUGAAAGAAUGGACCACCGCACAUCCCCGAGUCGAUCCAAGGACGGGAGAGCUGGUACUCUUUCACUCGACCUUUACACCUCCAUAUGUGCACUAUUCAGUAAUACCUACAGCCCACCCGUCUACUCUCCCCUCCACAACAGGCGACGCGCAAACUAGGAUUCUCAGCGUCCCUGUUCCAGGCAUCACGUCAGCCAAGAUGAUGCACGACUUUGGUGUUUCUUUACACUACACGGUCAUCAUGGACCUCCCUUUAUCCCUGGAUCCCUUAAACCUUGCAAAGAAUAGACCUGUGGUGGACUACAAUCCAUCAUGUACGUCUCGUUUUGGCAUCUUUCCCAGAUAUCGGCCUCAACAGAUACGGUGGUUCGAGACGGAUGCAUGUUGUAUUUUCCAUACUGCGAAUACUUGGGCCGAACAAUUGACAGACAAAACGGCAGGCCAGGUCAGGACCACCGUUGUCAACAUGCUGGUAUGUCGAUUAAUUUCAGCUUCGCUGGUCUUUUCUGCUGGCGACGUAGCCGUACCCUGUUCAUCCUCUAUCGACACCGAACAUAGAGAAGAUCAGUGCCGCCUAUACUUCUACCAGUUUUCUCUCACCGAGCCAACCCGCAACAUUAUCAAUCAUCAGUUUGCCUUAAGCGCAAUCUCAUUUGAGUUCCCGAGCACGCGGGAGGACAGAGCAAUGAGUGAGGCCAAAUAUAUCUAUGGAUGCUCAAGCUCUGAAGGCUCUUUCAGUGCUGCUCUGGGCCGAGCAGUCAAAAUUGAUUGUCUCGUCAAGAUCGAUGCCGAGAUACUAAUCAAAAGAGGCACGAAAGAUCCCACGGUGCUGCCCGUCACCGGAUGCGUCGACUUGCGUUCCGUCGAAGAAAUCCUUGCCACGAAAGACCGACACGAUCCGAUAUCCAUCUUUCGCAUGCCUUCAGGAUACUAUGCCCAGGAGCCGCGAUUUGUCCCUAGACACAAUAGCAUGAUUGAGGAUGACGGCUGGCUGUUGACAUAUGUCUUUGAUGAAUCUCAGCUUGACUCACGGGGCGAUUGUCGAUCAGACGCCGUGAGCGAAUUAUGGAUCAUCGACGCAAAGGAUAUGAAAACCGUUGUUGGGCGUGUUUACCUGAUGCAUCGGGUGAGCUACGGACUCCACGGCAGCUUCUUCAACGAAGAGCAAGUCAAAUCUCAGCGAGUCAUUGAGACCGUUAGGGUUCUGGAUGCAAAAACUCACUCACAACCGCGCAAUGGCCGGUGGCUUGCUGUGAGGGAAAGGCUCGAGAGAUUCUUGGGAUAA